AGUGAAAUUCGCAUGUAGCUGAGAGUUAGUGUGUAGUGUCCUCUCACAGCCUGGGGCCCUGACACCUGUGAUGGAGACAUGCACCUGCUAUUUCCCUCCCGGUGCUUCGUGCACUUGCCUGCCGUGAUGCAUUUAACAGCCUCCUGCAUGUCAGAGCGAGCACACUGGUAGCGGCUGACUUGGGUUUAAUACUUAACAUUAAGUGUAGCUGGUGACAAAACCACCACGUGCGUGUGCGCGCGCGUGCGUCUGUCCGUUUGUUUGUACACAUGCGUCGGCGAGCGCGCGCACUGUCCUUAUCCAUGCCCUCGCCUGCAUCGUGCAGCUCGUUACGUUUGAUCCACGCGGAGCUCCUGCGCCUGCACUAGUCGGCACUUGGCGGGCAGACGCGCAGGGCAGCCAGUGAUGUGCUGCUGCUGCUGCUGCUGCUGAUACCGCGGGGCUCACUCCAUCGCAGUCCUCCUCCAGUCACGGUGAAAGCAGUCUGGGAUUCCUUCAGUGCUCGGUCGGGGAUGCGCAUCUGGACCGGAGAGUGUCCCCGGGACAAUUACGCGUCGAGGCGCUCUUCCGCCGUACCUCUCGCUGCCCCCCUGCCCCCACAGAGGAAAUAAUCGCACCGGCUGAGGACACUUUGGCUAUUAUUUUUUUGUCCUCGUUUCGCUCUGACAGAAUGGCAGGCGCAAAGUGCCUUCUGAAAACGCCGAGUAACUUCCAGUCGUCUGCCAUGUUUGAAGGCUCCGAGUCAGUCGAGGUGGAGGGUGGAAGCACGGAGAGCACCGUGGCCUCGUCCAUCAGCGCCUGCAAGAAGGUGCUGUGCAGCAACAGCGCGCUGGACUCGUCGGAGUACUGGCUGAGGAACGAGAAAGCCCUGUGCAGACUGGGCCUGCUGGACGACGACGCGGAGGGCAGCUGCAUCGUGAUCUGUUUCGUAAACCUGGACCCUCAGAAAACGGACUGCCGCAAUGACAAAAUCAUCAAGAAAUUGGCAUCGGUGUCUCCAGACCUGCCAAAGCUCGUUGAAUUACUGACCGUCCACCAGCCGAAGGAAAAUGAGAUCCUACUGCUCGGUGGCCUCGAAGCCUCAGACACUUGCCAAACUCACCCACACGCUCCCUCUCAGGGCGGGCAUCAGCAGCAGAGGAGUACAGGCGUGUGCCUGGUUCAGUGUUCAGGGCAGAGACGCUCCACCCAGCCCAGCAGCAUCAUCUUUGAUAUCAACAAGUUCCUUAUUGGUCUCCAGUGGGGGAAGGAGCGACAGCUUCAGCAGGGCCGAGCAGCGGGCCAUCGGGUCGACGAUGACACCAAUCGUUCCAUCUCAUCCAUAGAGGAAGACUUCCUGACGGCCUCGGAGCACCUCGGUGAUGACAGCGAGGAUGACGGCUUCAGAAAUGAACCAGAGAGUGGUGACCUGGCAGAGAGCUUGGUGGAGGUUGCACAGAAACACUGUGUCAGACUUGCAUGUCAGAGGGGACAGCUGGCCCAUCACCAGAACAGAGAGGAUGCUGAGGUGAAAAGAGGAGGUCAGCAGCGAGCAAGCCUCCACACGAAGGAAUCGGCUGGUCACUAUGCCACCAAUCUGGCAGAGUCGGUACUGCAGGAUGCCUUCAUACGCCUUUCUCAAGAUGAAACCUCCUUUGUCUCUGAAGCGGCUGUCAGUGUGUCGCUCUCUAGUCGUCCCUCCAACUCUACUUGUCUUUCAAAGACCAGACAGCCUUCCCAACAGCGCACCUGCUCUUUUGAACUCCCCAAGAUUGUCAUAGUUCAAAGCCCAGAUAGUUCUGACGGGGCUGUAGAAUGGCCAGAGACCCAGGUGUCUCAUGUGGCUGACCAGGAUGUCACUGCCAACGCCGGAGAGGUGCCAGAUAAUGGGACACAGGCACACAUUCUGCACCACAAUGGAGGACACCCAUCCAAACAUGUAGAGGUGGCUUUGGCCUGUGCUGCCAAUGUCAUUGGCACUAUUACUGCCCCACAGCUGACAGAGCAGCUCGCCAUGGAAUCAGCUUCAGAGGACGAAAUGGAGGAGGAGCUGCAGGAACCAGAGGACAGAGGUGACUACUCUUUCUCCUCAGCCAUGUGCGGUAUGGCUCAGGUUGCUGGUGCCGUAGCAGCUGUGGAGCUAACAGAGGAGACAGGAGUGUGCGGCGAUUCUGAUGCGGACGUAGUCUACACAGCAUCUCGUGGUCUGAUGACCGCUGCCGAGGCCUCUACAGCCUUCACGCUGCACUGUAGUGUGGCAGAGGGUACCAGCGUCGAAACGUUUCGUGCAAACAUUGCCGAGGUCCUACACAGGGAAGCAGCUGAGGUGCUGACUCAGCCACAGGGCUACAGGAGUGUAGCCCACCUACUGGAGGCCACGCAUAAUAAAAUAGUAGAUGGCAUUACUUGUCCAAAAAAAUCCUACAUGGAUGAAAGUGAGGUUGAUGAUUUAAUAAAUGAGGUGGCCGACAGCCUUUUCAAGCAUGCUUUAGAGAAAGCAAAAAAGAAAAAAGAACUGGCGGGUACUGGGAAAGAUGCGCCAAACCUCCAGGUUUUUCUGCAGGACAGUGUAAACAAUCUGCUGUUUGAUAUCCUUUGCUUGACACAGAAGAAAAUCAGUCACACCAUUGGAUGUGACCAAGGGUCAUUUGAGACACAAGAGGGUGAUACUUGUGCUAGGGAGCCUGCUAAGGCCAACAUGAGUAAGGAUCCAUUAAGUCAAUUACAGUACACAGUUGGCCUUAGCCAGUCCACCAACAGUGAGAACCACAGCAGCAUGCUACACUGCACAGAUAAGCUUGCUGGGCUGAAGGAGAAAUAUAUGCUUGAGGAGAGCGAUCGCAUAGAAUCCCAGCAGCCGUCAUCAUGCAGACAAAGUCAGUAUAAAUCCACCUCCCUGCUUGCCAAGGACUUCUCAGACCACCAGCAGAUCCAGCAGAGCACAGGUGCCGUCAGAGAACCUUGGAGUGAAAUCCCCAUUCAUAGCACAGAGAAGAGAGGACGGCUAGUGACAGGCAGUGACAGCAGACAGGCCUCUCUAACACCCCAGUCCUCCCUUACCUCUUGCAGGUCUCUACAAUUUUUGAGUAUGGAUUCUGAGUCAAGGACACCUAUUACAUGCUACGCUGAUGAUUUGGCUGCUACAGUGGUUUCUAUGGCCACAGAGCUAGCAGCUAUCUGCCUAGAAAACUCCACUGGGAAACAACCUUGGUUCUGUGCUCUUAAAGGGAUGCCUACUGAAGGGCCAGAGGCCUACUUAAUCCCUGCAUGCCGCACUGUUCUCAGGAGGAAGGAGAGUCAGGGCAGCAAUGCUGCAUCCAAGAAACAUCGAGCACCACGCCUCAGUGAGAUCAAGAGGAAAACAGAGGAGCAACCGGAGCUGAUGGAGCGACUGGUGAACCGUGUUGUGGACGAAUCAGUCAACCUUGAUGAACCACAGGACCCGUUUGCCCUCUUUGCCUCCGAAGUCACAGCCAGGAUCAUGAACUGUCCGGAGCUUAAUGUGACGGAUACCUCCAAAGCAGGCCAGACACGCAGCAGGUUGCAGUGUGAGAGGUGGAGCCGUGGGAAGGCAUCGAGUUAUGAGAGCAUUCCAGAAGAAGAUGCAGACCCCUCAGGCAUGCCCAAUACCCUUGGCCUUGGCAGUCGGCUAGGUCAGAAUCUGAGCCGUGGUAGCUCAAUCUCUAAACAGUCGAGCUGUGAGAGCAUCACAGACGAAUUCUCACGGUUCAUGGUAAACCAGAUGGAGACUGAGGGCAGGGGCUUUGACCUUCUGCUUGACUAUUACGCGGGGAAAAAUGCCAGCAGCAUUCUGGCUGCAGCUGUGCAACAGGCUGCAACAAAGAAAAACGGUCACCUUAACGUCAGGACCUCAUCCUGCCUGUCCAAACAGUCUAGCACAGAGAGCAUCACAGAGGAGUUCUACAGGUUUAUGCUUCGAGACAUGGAUAAGGAAAACAAAGAUUAUGGUAUUGCCAAGACUAAAGAGUGGAGUAACAGCCUGUUUCCCCCUUCUCCGAGAACACCCUUCUGUAUACGACAGUCCUCUGUCCCGGACCGCCGCUCCUCGGAUUCAAGACUGACUGUCAACUCACCCAUUAAAGCCAACUCUUUUGACGGAUUUGCUCGCAAUGUGCACGGAGACACGCUGAAUAUUUUCCCAACCAACUCAGUAUCAGCCACAGGACUGUGUAAGUCUGACUCCUGCCUAUAUCAAAGGGGUAAGACAGACCAAAUUACUGAUAUGCUGAUUCACGAGACCUGGUCCAGCUCCAUUGAGUCCUUGAUGAGAAAGAACAAGAUCAUUGCAGAUCCAGAGGACAGUAUUGAGCUGGAGGCUGCAGGAGACUCCCAGCCCCAUGUGCAGCAGUUUGCCAAUCGCCUGGCAGCUGACAUUGUAGAUAUUGGCAAGUCUGCACUGGGAGGCCAACAAGAGGUAGCUGGGAGCACAUCCGGGUGGCGCUCGCAGCCACACAUGCCCGUUGGUGAACGAAGGAGGGGGUUCAAACAGUCUCAUCUAAGUUGCGGUCGGAGUAGGUCGAGCCAGGAACACACUGGUACUGGAGUAGGGUCCGGAACUAGUGACAGCGGUGCACCCCGUGUGAGGGUCCCCAGAGAUGUACCACUAAUCCACAUUGAGGGAGAUCAGAGGGAUGAAGAGACUCUUUCAAACCCUGAAAGAACAGGAGGACCUCAGGAAACACCACCAGAUAUGUCAGCUACCAAGCGUACAGAGAGAGCUACAGCCAACAGCAGCAGCAGUGAGAGGGACAGGCCAGCUGCGGCGGCGGCUGCAGUAGUGAAGAGGGACAAGCGUUCUAUGAGUGCUAGCAGUGAAGAGAGCAUGGGGAGCUGGUCCCAUAUAACCCCCGAGGAUGACCCCCACGAGGAGACCAGUAGUUUUAUCCAGCUGAGCGAGGGGAACGGGACCAGCAGCGCAUCCAGCCUGGGUAUGGCAGACUUGGAUGCUUUCUCCGACGUGCCCACUCAGAGCACAGUAAUCAGCGAGGAGACAGAGAAAGGCCAUCUGGCAGGAACCAAGGAGAAUGUCUUUGGGAGGACCACAGAGGGCAGUAGUGACCUCAGGGUGUUGCUGGUAGUGAACUGCGACCUGGAGCCAGAGAGUGUGGACUCGGAGCUGAGAGUGGCCCUGCAGUGGAUCGCUGCCUCCGAGCUGGGCCUUCCUGCUCUCUACUUCAGGAAGUCCAAAGAGAAAAGGGUUGCGAAGUUCCAGAGGGUGAUCCAUCUGAUGUCUCAGAAGGCGUGGCGAAUUGCGGACUUGUUCAGCGCUGUGGUUCAGUUCUGUAAGCUACGCGAGAAAGAGGAAGAGGAGGGCCGCUCUCUGUCCAGCCUGUUUGACUGGCUGUUGGAGACCAUGUAGAGCCAGCCAACCUCCUCAUACUGCAAACAGACACACAUGCUCACUCGUCCGCUCCCGCUCCUGACAUGCUCCCAACUUUUUGCCCCAUCCCGUCAUCGCACCGAGUGUCUCCUACCGCAAGCUGAGAGCACAAAUGUGAUCAGCAUACUUGAGAAAUUCAUACAGUUGUGUUUUUUUCUGUCUUGUUUGCAGCCAUGAAAGGACCAGUCUCCCUUUAAUGAAAGCAUGUUUUUAUUUUCACCUCUUGAGUGAGACACAAGCUAACACAGAGCAAACUGUAGGUGUAUGGGUUGGACAUUCCUGAUGGGAAUGAACUAGCCUUCAAGAGAUUAUAGUCAGCAGGUUUUAACUGCUCCAGAUGAUAUAUAUAAAAA